GUUUUUAGAUCUUUAUCGUAUUUGCAAUAAAGUUUCAAACUUUGUGAUUUUUGUUGCUUAAUUAAUUUAUAUUUUUUGAAAAUUCUAAAACUUGCAGGCUGGUGUGAAAUUGAUGAAAGUUUAAAAAUUUAUAAGUUGUUGUUUUGAAAAAAGAAGAGAGAACAGGAAAUGGCAUCUGAUAUACCAUCAGUUAUGUCUCAAAGUGUGAGGACAAAUAGAUCCUCAUUUAGCUCAAGCAAUGGACAUGAAACGCCUUCACACUAUUCGUCGAUUACGAAUGGAGAUGAUUACGAUAGUGAUGGGUCGAAUUUUGCCCCACCUACACCAAUGACCUUAUCAAGUUCAAUUCCAGCUGAACUUGCUGGUGCUAUACCUUUGAUUGAUAAAUUUCAGGUAGAGGGAUUUUUAAGGGCCAUGCAAAAGCAGAUAAAUUCGGCUGGGAAACGUGGGUUUUUCUCGAAAAGAUCAGUUGGUCCUCAAGAUCGAUAUAAGUUCACAUUUGAAGAUAUGUUGUGUUUCCAAAAGGAUCCUAUUCCUACCUCCCUGCUGAAAAUAAACAGUGAUUUGGGAAGCAGGGCGGUAAAGUUGUUCCAGACCAUUUUAAAAUACAUGGGAAUAGAUUCAUCGGAAAAAGGGAAUCAGAUUGGACUAGAAGAACGUAUUGAGCUAGUUGGGAAAUUAUACAAACAGGCGUUGAAACGUUCUGAGCUUCGAGAUGAGAUAUUUGCUCAAAUUUCAAAACAAACAAGGAACUGUCCUGAUAGGCAACAUUUGAUAAGAGCAUGGGAGCUCAUGUACUUGUGUGCAUCAUGCAUGCCACCAAGCAAAGAUAUAGGUGGAUAUUUAUCAGAGUAUAUUCAUGACGUUGCACACAAUGGGAAUGCUGAUCCGGAUGUGCAAGUCUUUGCAAUGAACACUCUAAACGCACUGAAAUGUUCUGUAAAGGCUGGGCCACGUCAUACUAUUCCUGGUCGGGAAGAGAUUGAAGCACUUUUGAUCGGGAAAAAGCUUACUACCAUCGUCUUUUUCUUGGAUGAAACUUUUGAAGAAAUAGCAUAUGACAUGGCAACAACCGUUGCUAAUGCCGUUGAGGAGCUUGCUGGAAUUAUCAAAUUAUCAGCAUAUUCAAGUUUUAGUUUAUUUGAGUGCCGUAAAGUUGUUACUGCAUCUAAAUCACCUGAACCUGGAAAUGAGGAGUACAUUGGGUUAGAUGACAAUAAGUACAUCGGAGACCUCUUAGCAGAAUUUAAGUCAGCAAAGGAUCGAAGUAAAGGAGAAAUCUCUCAAUGCAAGUUGACUUUCAAAAAGAAGUUGUUUCGAGAAUCCGAUGAAGCUAUUGCAGACCCAAUGUUUGUUCAGCUAUCAUACGUUCAAUUACAACAUGAUUAUAUUUUGGGAAACUAUCCUGUUGGAAAGGAUGAUGCUGCACAGUUGUCAGCAUUACAAAUUUUGGUUGAAAUAGGAUUUGUUGUCAAGCCCGAAUCUUGCACUGAUUGGACUCUACUUUUGGAGAGAUUUCUGCCGAGACAGAUUGCAAUAACUCGUGCCAAGAAGGACUGGGAAUUGGAUAUACUCGGUCGUUAUCGUUCAAUGGAAAAUUUAACAAAAGAAGAUGCAAGACAUCAAUUUUUAAGAAUUUUAAGAAUGCUUCCAUACGGAUAUUCUGUAUUCUUUAGUGUCCGCAAGAUUGAUGACCCCAUAGGGCUUCUACCUGGAAGAAUCAUAUUGGGCAUUAACAAACGUGGGGUUCAUUUCUUCCGUCCAGUUCCCAAGGAAUAUUUGCAUUCUGCCGAGCUAAGAGAUAUAAUGCAAUUUGGUAGCAGCAAUACUGCUGUGUUUUUUAAGAUGAGAGUUGCAGGUGUCUUGCACAUAUUUCAGUUUGAAACUAAGCAGGGUGAAGAAAUAUGUGUCGCCCUUCAAACACAUAUAAAUGAUGUUAUGUUGCGUCGGUACUCUAAAGCACGAUCCGCUGCUACCACUACAGCUGUUGUUAAUGGUGAUAUUCCAACCACUUCGAAGCCUACCAAUGUUGAUGUCAGUGAGAAACGUGCACAAGAUUUGUCAAAAUCUCUUGAAGAAUCCCAGAAAACUGUUAAACAAUUGUCGGAAGAACUGCAUGAGAAAGAGAGAAAAGAAAUGAGUAUGCAGGAAGAAGUGGAGACGUUAAAGGACAUGGUGAGAACAGAAAAGCGAAACCUGGAAGAAUUAUCAUCUGAACAUAAUGAACUUAGAAAGUUAUGUGAAGAGAAAGAAUCUGCUCUUCAGGCUACAUUGAUCGAGAAGCGCAACAUGGAGGCAAGGCUUUCACAAAUCAACAAGGGAGAGUUGGAAAAUAAUACCAAAAAGGAAUUAGUUGAGGCAACUAAUCAGGUUUUGCAAAAGAUCCAAGAUGAACUAAGAACUCGUAGCUUAGAGUUGCAUUCUGCUGAAGAAGCUAAGAAGAAGUUGUUUAAUGAGAAAAUGUUGUUGGAAGAAAGAAUCUCAAGGCUUGAGAAGAAAAAAGUUGACGAGAUACGCUUACUUGAGAAAGAGAUGGAACAAGAACGGAAGAUGACAAAGCCUCAAAUUUCAGAACUCGAGAAGAAGGUAGAAGAUCUCACACGAAAGUUGGCUGCUGCAGAGUCUACUUUAGCGAUAAAAAGUGAUGAGUUAUCAACAUUACAUGUAAAUCUGAAAGAACUGGAGGAUCUUAGAGAAAUGAAGGAGGAUAUUGAUAGGAAAAAUGAGCAAACCGCUUCAAUAUUGAAGAUGCAAGCAGCACAACUGGCUGAAUUUCAGGCUCUUUAUAAGGAGGAGCUUGUUUUGAGAAAACGAUACUUUAAUAUUAUUGAAGAUAUGAAAGGCAAAAUCAGGGUGUACUGUCGGCUAAGGCCUCUCACACAAAAGGAGAUUUCCGAUAAAGAAAGGAACGUUCUUACCAGUGUAGAUGAAUUUACAGUUCAACAUCUAGGAAGGGAUGAUAAGAUUAAACAACACUGCUAUGAUCGUGUAUUUGAUGGCAAUGCCACUCAAGAAGACGUAUUCAAUGAUACAAGGUAUUUGGUGCAGUCAGCUGUGGAUGGGUAUAAUGUCUGUAUAUUUGCAUAUGGUCAGACUGGUUCUGGGAAGACGUUUACAAUAUAUGGGUCUGACAACAACCCAGGACUUACCCCACUUGCCACUUCAGAGUUAUUCAAAGUUCUAAAACGGGAUCGCAACAAAUUCAAUUUCUCCUUGAAGGCAUACAUGUUGGAGUUAUAUCAAGAUACUUUAGUAGAUCUUUUAAUUCCAAGGCAAGCAAAGCGGUCGAAAUUAGAAAUAAAAAAAGACUCAAAGGGAAUGGUGACUGUAGAAAAUGCAACUAUUGUACCCAUAUCCACAUAUGAUGAUCUCAGACAUAUCAUUCAAAGAGGCACUGAUCAGCGGCACACAACUGAGACUCUGAUGAAUGAAGCAAGUUCAAGGUCCCAUCUUAUCCUGUCAAUUAUCAUUGAGAGUACAAAUCUCCAAACUCAAUCAAUUGCCCGGGGAAAGCUAAGUUUUGUUGAUCUUGCUGGGUCUGAAAGAGUGAAAAAGUCAGGUUCUGCUGGUAAUCAACUAAAGGAGGCUCAAAGCAUUAACAAAUCACUAUCUGCACUUGGUGAUGUUAUCAGUGCUCUAUCUUCUGGAAAUCAGCACAUACCUUACCGAAACCACAAACUCACAAUGCUGAUGAGCGACUCUCUUGGAGGUAAUGCCAAAACGUUGAUGUUUGUGAACAUAUCCCCUGCCGAAUCCAAUUUAGAGGAAACUUACAACUCACUUACAUAUGCAUCAAGGGUGCGCUCCAUUGUCAAUGAUCCUAGCAAGAAUGUUUCAUCAAAGGAAGUUGCUAGGCUAAGGAAGUUACUGGCAUAUUGGAAGGAGCAGGCAGGAAAAAGAGGUGACGAUGAAGAGCUAGUGGAGAUCCAAGAAGAACGUCCCCCAAAAGAGAAAAAUGAUAACCGACAUUCCAUGUAGAGUUUGCCAUCUUUUAUUGGGUUUGCUACUAAUUUUACUGACAGAAGAAAGGGUAAAAGAUGGGGAGUGAUUUGUUAAUUCCCUUACUAACCAUGUAUCAUUUAGUCCCGUGACCACCCGUCCACCAUGAUUUGUGAUCGGAAAGAAGUUGUUCUUAUGACUUGAACCCAUACAAUUUUGUUGAUGGUGCAGUGGUUAGAAUCGGUCUGGCUCAGUUACAGUGGUUACGUUGUAUAGUAAAUUGAUGUGUAUAUCUUGGUUAUGAAAUCCAUAUAUGGUAUUCAUGGAUGCAAUUAUUCUUGUAUUUUUAAAUUUAUUCUGUC